AUGCUGUGUGCCCAGCGUGGGUACACUUGCGUCAUUACAAUGGCCGAGCCCUUCUCACUGGAGCGGCGGAAGCUAAUGCGCUUCCUGGGGGCGAAGGUCAUCAUCACGCCGAAGUCGGGAAAAGGCAUCGGCAUGGUCAAGAAGGCACAAGAGCUUGCCGAGGCCCACGGCUGGUUUCUCGCGAGGCAGUUCGAAGCACCCGCGAAUGCCCAGUUUCACUACGAGACAACUGGCCACGAGAUUUUGAACGACUUCAAAGGACACCGCCUGGAUUACUUCGUUCAGGGCUACGGCACCGGCGGCACCUACGGCGGUGCCGGACGCGCACUACGGGAGAAGCGGCCGGAUGUCAAAAUCGUCCUCGCCGAGCCCGCGGACGCGGCCUUGGUCGGCUCGGGGAUCAAGACGGAACGAAGGCAGGAUGGCAGCGCUGCUUCCUCGCACCCCGCCUUCAAGCCCCAUCCGAUUCAAGGCUGGACACCGGACUUCGUGGCCAAGGUUGCUGAGGAGGCGGUGGAGACCGUAGGCUAUGACGACCACAUCACCAUCCCAGGCGCCGGCGCGAUCCAGAUGGCACACGCGCUGGCAAAGAAUGAAGGCAUUUUCACAGGCAUCUCCGGCGGCGCCUCCAUCUACGCCGCAGUGGAGAUGGCCAAGAGGGUGCCAGAAGGAUCAGUACUCUUGGCCGUCAUCGCCGAUACCGGCGAGCGGUACCUUUCGACUCCACUUUUCUCUUCUGUUGCGAUUGAUAUGGACGAGGAAGAGAUGGUCAUCUCCAAGUCCACACCCAGCUACCAGCUGGGAUGA